GAGUUGUGAAUACGGGUCUAAGGCAUGGGCCCUUGCCCUUUGAUUUUCGAACUAAGGGGCUAAGAAGGUUUUUUUUGGUGAAAUUGCUAUGACCCUUUUUGCAAUGAAAUUUCUAUAGAACAAAAUUUAAACUUCAGCCACAGACUAGUAGUGCUUGACCGCUGACUUUGAAAGGAGCUCGUUUCUGAAGAAGCCAAAUAAGAGGAAAAAAGUGAAGAUCUGUGGCUGAACUGACAGUGUUAAGAUGGAGAAAAAGAGUUUCUAAGAUGGAAUCUUGAGGCAAGGAAUUUCAGAUUUUAUUAUUGAGCUCAUGCACGGUGCAACCAUUGACUGAUCGCAGUCCACCAUCUCAGUCUCUAGGAAAGAGCCACCUCAGUCGCUACAUUAAGUCUUACAGAUUGAAUCAUCUAUUCUUUCCUGCCAUUGACAAGCAGCUCCUUAAGUUCUUCCAUCUGCUUGUUGUUAGGAUUCCCUCUUCAUUUCAUUGCAUAACAUCCAAAAUCAUGUCAGUGUGCUAUGCUCGUGUACUAGUUCUUGCCCCUUUGUUCUUCUUCCUUCCUCAUAUCCUCAGUAUUACGGUUAACAUCCCCACGCCUUAUGCCCCUGUUGAUAACCUGGCCAUUAACUGUGGUUCUUUGGGCAACUCAACCACCCGGGAUGGCCGAGGAUGGACUGGAGAUAUAGGCUCAAAGUUUUCCCAGUUGCUGCAAGGAAAAAGUAAGUCCUUGACCUCAAAAGCCUUCCACCAAUUUUCUGAUACAGUCCAUCCUGUUCCAUACAUGACUGCUAGAAUCUCUCGUUCGCAGUUCUCCUAUACGUUUAAAGUAAAUCCAGGCCAGAAAUUCAUCCGCCUCCACUUCCACCCAGUGUCAUAUCCCGGCUUCAAAAGGUCUAGUGCAAUUUUUACCGUAAAAGCUGGCCGUUACAUCCUGCUUAGCAACUUCAGUGCUUCCCUCACUGCUGAUGCUUUGGGGUUGAGAUGUUUUGUUAAAGAAUUUUGCUUGAAUGCGGGUGAAAGUCCAGCCUUAACCAUAUCUUUCUUUCCAUCUCCUAGUAGUCCUUCUGAGGCUGCAUAUGCCUUUAUCAACGGAAUAGAGAUCGUCUCCAUGCCUACUGGUCUUUACUACACCCAAGGCAAUGAUCCCGGUGCCUUUGUCGUUGGCCAGAGCUAUCGAUUCUAUAUUGCAAACAGCACUGCACUUGAGAUGAUUCAGCGUUCAAAUGUUGGUGGGAGCUCAAUCUCAUCCGUUGAAGAUUCUGGUCUGUUCCGGGAGUGGUCUGAGGACUCAAAUCACCUGAUGGAAUCUAGUGUUGUACCAAUAACUGGGACCGUUCCAAUCAAAUACACUAAUACACCCAUAUACAUAGCACCCCAAAAGGUUUACCAAACAGCCUGGUCAGUGGGUCCAACCAAACAAUCCGGCCAGUUGUACAAUUUUACCUGGAAAGUGCCUGUUGAUUUGGGUUUCAGAUACCUCAUUAGACUCCAUUUCUGCGAGCUUGAAUAUGCGAUAAAAGAUAGUGGCCAGAGGGAGUUCUGUAUCAUCAUAAAUAAGCAGAUAGCUGAGGCUUAUGCCGACAUUAUCAAAUGGAGUGGUGGAAUAGGAGUUGCAGUGUUCAGAGACUACGUGGUUAAGAUGGAUGGUGAUAGGAUGGAGGGUAAGCGGGACAUAGUCAUAACUAUACGGCCUCACUGCCAUGGCAGAAGAAGUAAAAAUGCCAUAUUUGCUUCAAUUUUGAAUGGGAUAGAAGUAUUCAAGUUGAGCAAUCUUGACAACAAUCUGGCUGGUCCAAACCCUGAAUCUUUCGCAGAUAACUGGACAUCCAAGGCUCCAAUAACGGGAAAAUUACCGUUAUCUUACAAAGGUGUGAAGGUCAUUGCAAAUGGGUUGAUAAUUUUCCUUACUCUUUUGAACAUUGUUGUUCACCAGCUAUGUAUUUGGGAAGAAAACUCGGGCAAGAAAACCAUCUCAAGGUCUUCUGCCAAGGAAAUUUGCCGUCAUUUUUCACUUUCUGAGAUACAUUUGGCAACCAACAAUUUUGAUGAUGCAUUCACCAUCAGUUGUGGCGGAUUUGGUAAGGUGUAUAAAGGGAUCAUCAAUGAAGGGGCCACUAUUGUUGCCAUAAAGCGGUUGAAUUCCUCAUCCAAGCAAGGAGCUCAUGAAUUUUGGACUGAGAUCAAUAUGCUCUCAGAGCUCCGGCAUACUCAUCUCGUCACUCUGAUCGGCUAUUGCAAUGACCGCCGAGAGAUGAUCCUUGUGUACGAGUAUAUGGCUCAUGGGACCCUUGCUGAUCAUCUUUACAAAAAUAGGAGAAACAGUAAUGGGAUUUAUAGUCUAACAUGGGAGAAAAGGCUCGGUAUUUGCAUUGGUGCUGCACGUGGAUUAAACUACCUUCAUACGGGUACCAAUGUAAGAGUCAUACAAAGGGAUGUGAAGAGCACAAACAUUCUAUUGGACGAGAAUUGGGUAGCUAAGAUUUCAGAUUUUGGAUUGUCCAAAAUGGGUAAUACAAGCCAGUCUGGAAGCCAUGUUAGCACAAUUGUAAAAGGCACAUUUGGGUAUUUAGAUCCGGAGUAUUAUUCAACCCAUAGGCUGACCAGGAAAUCUGAUGUGUACGCCUUUGGCGUUGUAUUGUUUGAGGUGCUGUGUGGGAGACCGGCGGUGGAUAUGAAACUCGAAGAGGAGCAACGUAGUCUUGCCCUAUGGGCCCAACAUUGCAUUAGAGAAGGAAUAAUUCAUGAGAUCAUUGAUCCACAUUUGAAGAGACGCAUCUCGCCUAAUUGUCUCAAGCUAUUUGUGGAAGUUGCCAUGAAAUGUCUACAUAAUUACUCAAAGGACCGGCCUGCUAUGGAUGAUGUGGUGGGGAGCCUUGAGCUUGCGUUGGCGGCACAGAAGAGCUCAAGUUCUUGGACAGAAAAGGAGGCUAUCGGACAUGGUUUUAAAUUGCGGUAUCAGUCGGCGUAAAGGUUGCGGUCUUGAGUAACGGAUAACGGGAAUCGGCCACGCACGCAAUGGAAUUUUUUCAAGCACUAGCCAGUACUGAAAACUUCAUUGAUACACAUGCUCUAACCUUAUUUAUGCCUAAAAAUUGAAUGUUUUGAAGCAAUAUUUUACUUUUACAUUAAGUAAGAUAUGAUCAAAUGUUGCAUUUUAUGAACGAAAUUGAAGUUUUUUUUUUCUCAUUCUAACGAGAGUUUGGUUCUCAAAAUAUUAUUUUAACACGUGAAGGCAUCUCAAAAAGUUACAAAGAAUACAUUGUAGGAUCACAUGAAAAUCUAAGGGAAAAAAAACAGAAGAAAAGUUGUUCUCGGUGUUCUGCAGGCGCAAUGGUCCUGUAACGGUCCUAUAACGGGGUGUAACCUAACGGCCGUAGCGACCGAUACGCACUUGAAUUUUUGUAACCCUGUUAUUUUCACCCGUAACGGUAUCAGGCCUUCAAAAACCCAUUAACAUAACGACCGACCGUAGAAUUAUUUAGUUCGCAUAGCAUUAAUGGUGGGGCAGACAAUGGGCAAUUUUUUGAUGCUGAUAUGUGCGAUGUAUGGAAAGCCCCAUUUGGGGGCUGGACAAUACUCCUCUGUCUGCAAAGAGAACCAAAUUAACAAUCACAAAGUUGGUUCAAUGGUAGUUACAGUUACAGGUAAGGAUCUGCAGAAGAAGAAGGCCAAGGAUCACGGUUCUGAUUCAUCAAGAGGUGGAUCAUCAUGGUGGUGGCAGUGGAAACCCUAUGCACAUAGUACCAAAGAACCAAAAGGAAAACGUUUGCCACCACAGCUGGAGGAUCAGUAUUGAACAUGGUUCAAUUGGUAAAUCAUAUAAAGGCUAUAUUGACAAUGGAAGUCUUGUGGUUGUGAUCACAAGGCUUAAACCAAUAUUAGAUGGGGCGCGCUACUGUUGGGAUGAGGUGGAAAUCCUUGCGGAGCUCCGUCACAUCAGCCUGCUCUCUCCAAUCGGAUACUGCAGUGACGAAGGGGAAAUAUCCUGGUGUACAACUAUUUGGGGAUCUCUGCACGAUCAUCUCUUUGGGAUGCACAAUGAUCCUCUUCCAUGGAAAAGAAGGCUUGAGAUCUGCAUUGGUAUUGGACAAGGACUAAGAUACCUCCUUGCAGGUACAAGGCACACGGUAAUCCACCGUGACAUCAACUCUGCCUGUAUCCUGUUGGACCAUGAUUGGGUGCCUAAAGUUUCAUAUUUGGAUACAUUCUAUGUACUGGAACCUAGCAGCGUGGCAACUGUUCAGACUAUCAGAGGCACUUCGGGAUAUACGGAUCCAGAUUUUUAUGGAAAGCGUCUUGUGAAUGAAGAAGUAUAUAUACUUGCUUGGUGUGACAACUGGCCUUCAGAAGUCUACGCCAUUCGACUUCGUUACAUUGACAGUGAUUCCUACUAUCAUUUGGUAGAAUACUUCAAAAGUUGCAUGGACAGGAAGUGCAUUGAUCACAUCAUUGAUCCAUACCUGAUGGGGAAACUUCCACCAGAUUGUUUUAGGGAAUUUUUCAAGUUAUUAUGGAGUUGUCUGCUUGACCAGGGGAUCAAAUGGCCAUCGAUGGCUGACGUGGUGGAGAGGCUCCAACUUGUACUGCAGCUGCUGGAGACUUCAGAUGAUCAUAUACAAUUCAGUGGUGAAUCAGAGGGUGACACAACAGAAAUGUCACACAAGGAGGCGGUAGCUCAGGCUUACAAUGAUGCCCUGUUUAAUGACAGUGAACCCUUUCUCAUCGAUAGUGAUUGCUUCGACCCGAAUGCCACUCAAACGAGCUUCGCUGAUCUAGUUAAGCUGUAUGAGAUGAGCUGUGCUACUUUGGAUGAUUCUGAUUACUGUUCAAGUAAUCUAGCACCAAAUUCAAACGACGAAGAAUGAAUCAUAAAACAGUCUGAAAAGUGUUUUCCAAAAUGCAUGCAAAGUUGCGUAGCUGUAGUGGAAUGUGUUCUUCUGAUUGUUUGCUUUUCCUUUGCAAUAUUCAUGUUUGUGAGAUGUAUUGUGUGUUCUGUGAUUAGUGUAAUGUUAGAAAGUAAAAUGAUCCAUGAAUUACUGAUUCUAUUCGUUUAGGGAACGUAGAUACAGUUUGUGCAAUAUUUGUUUCCUAAACGGGCUUUUUGUCUGUGAUGUAAUUUCUGUUUAGACUCUACAUCGCUUUUUCAUUAUGUUUAAUGAAGUUUUCGUAUAUCCAUGGAAGAGGAGAAAAAAAUCAAA